GACUUCAUCGCUAUGAUUGGUGAAUACGUCGGAACCGUCCUGUUCAUGAUCUUCGCUCUCGGAGGAACCAAUGUCGCUCUUAUUCCCAACACAUCCAUCACCGGCCAGACAGCCGCCGGCGAGCAGGACUCCACCGUCUCGACCGUCAACACCUCCAACCUCCUCUACAUUGCGCUCUCGUUCGGUUUCUCCCUCGCUGUCAACGCAUGGAUCUUCUUCCGUGUCUCGGGCGGUCUCUUCAACCCGGCGGUAUCUCUGGGUAUGGCCCUCGUCGGCGCGCUGACCCCGACCCGGGCUGUCCUCUUGGCAUUCGUCCAGAUCCUCGGCGGUAUGACCGGCGCGGCCAUCAUUGAUGCUAUCACUCCGGGCGCGUUAAACGUACGGACCCAGCUAGGAGGCGGUACCUCGGUCGUCCAAGGUCUCUUUAUCGAGAUGUUCCUCACCGCUCUCCUCAUGCUGGCCAUUCUCCUCCUUGCCGCCGAGAAGAACAAGGCAACCUUUAUCGCUCCCAUCGGUAUCGGGCUCGCACUCUUCGUGGCGGAAUUGCUCGGCGUGUACUACACCGGAGGUUCGCUCAACCCUGCCCGAAGUUUCGGACCCUGUGUCGUUCUCCGCCAAUUCGAGAACUACCACUGGAUCUACUGGGUCGGACCCGCUCUCGGUGCGAUCAUCGCUGCCGGCUUCUACAAGCUCCUCAAGUGGCUGCAGUACGAGACUGUCCUCGGUCCCGAGGAUGGCGAGGCGCCCAAGCCCGCCGACAAGAAGGGCAAGAAGGACGUCGCAGCUCUCGGUACUGCCGGCGGGGACGGUGAGCCCGGUCGCAUGGUGGACGAGGAGAAGGCCAUCGACAAUUCAGGCACUAUGGCUGUAUCUGGUCCGGGUCUGGGGGAUCUGCACACCGAGGCGGCUCAGGAUGGAGGAGUGAGUUUUUGGUUAAGUCUACUCCCCAUCGAGCUCAGCUGA